AUGCCUCUUGAAUCCUUCGCGCCGCUGCCACCGCUGCUGACUAUUUUCUUUUUUUUUUUCCUUUUGAAUUUUUUUUGUCUGUUGUAUUCUUGCUGUUCUGGGUGCUGUCUCUCUCUCUCUUUCUUUGCCUGUGUUCUUCUGUCCUGGGGUUUGGCAUGUCUGCGUGUGCGCGCACUUCAUUGUGCAUGUCGUUACUCAAUUCGCACCCUUCCCGAUAUGUUUGCCAUCAUCUUGAGGAGUGAACAGGACGUGAAACGACGAGGCGGCCUCGCUUCUACGUUUUGA